AUGUCGCCCCCCAAGAAACUUCGGGUCUCCCGUGUUGCCGUCAUCGGGGCGGGCGCAAGUGGGCUGGCAGCUCUCAGGUAUCUACUUGCUGAGAAGAAGUUCACCUACGUGCAGGCGUUUGAGCAAAGGGUCACGCCAGGUGGUGUUUGGAAUUACACGUCUCUCGCCAAAGAAGACAACUUUCAUGUUCCACGAGAACACCCAAGUUCCCACCCGGAUGAAGCCAUAUCGGUCGAAGAUGGCAAAAGGUUCGAGUUUAUUACGCCGGUCUAUGAACAACUUGAGACCAAUAUUCCGCAUACACUGAUGAACUUUACCGAUGAGAAGUUCCCGGCUGGAACGCCUCUAUUUCCGAGACAUGAAACAGUUUUGCAGUAUCUUAAGGGCUAUGCAGAAGAUGUCAAGAUUUACAUUCAAUUUCAAGCACAGGUGCUAGAUGUUCAAAGGCUAGCUGGAGCCUGGGAGAUAGAGAUCCUUGACCUUCGGACUGACCAAGUCUCUCGAAUCGAAUUCGACGCUAUUGUGGUGGCGAGCGGUCAUUUUAAUGACCCAUACGUCCCAAGCAUUCCCGGACUUGUUGAGUUCGACCAAGCCCAUCCAGGGGCCCUGCUCCAUUCCAAAUUCUACCGGCGGCCUGAUACAUAUGCUGGAAAGAAAGUCAUCAUCAUUGGCAACUCGGCGUCCGGUAUUGACCUGACAGCUCAGCUAUCUCGAGUUGCCAAACUGCCCGUCAUCAUUUCGGAGAAAGAGAAACAAGUUGGACUCGAGCCACCUUCAAACACUAAUUCCACUGUCCAUCUUCCCGAAAUCACCCAGUUUCAGGCUGAGGGCCGAACUAUUCACUUCGCCAACGGCAACAUCGAAACUGAAGUUGAUGCAGUCAUUUUCUGCACGGGCUUCCACUACUCCUACCCCUUCCUUGAAUCCCUUGAACCCGGCAUUAUCGACCCUAGAGGGGGAUACGUCAAACAUCUUUGGGAGAACAUGCUCUACACCGCAGAUCCCACUUUGGCGUUCCUUAGUGUUCCGCAGAGGGGGAUUCCGUUCCCCCUCGUUGAGACCCAGAGUGCUGUCAUUAGUCGAAUCUGGUCUGGCCGACUAAGUCCCCCGUCAGAGGAUGAAAUGGAGUCGUGGGUGAAGGAGGAGCAUUUCCAAAAGGGGGAGGGGAAGCCAAUUCACAUGAUAAACUUUCCCGAAGAUGUCAAGUAUAUGGAGCGCCUCUAUGAUCUCAGCGCAACUGCUGUAAGGGCUCCUGAGCUGGGGUUGGAGAAUGGGGGAGAUGGAAAACGACCACCACGUUGGGACCCGCAGCAGGUCUGGAUUAGGGGAAAGGUCGGCGAGAUCAAGCAGGCGAGUCGUUUGGCUGGAGACCGCAGGCUCAACAUCACGUCACAUGAGGAGCUGGGCUUUUUUUACGAACCAAACGAGAACGGAGAAAGCGGUACCGCCUAA